AUGGUGCAUCGAAGCCCAAUAUACAGGCGCAGAAAUAUCGUUUAUCGACAGAACACUGGCCGACGAGCUUGGACUCGAAACUAUUUCGGAGAAAACACUUUUCUGCACACAAAUCCAAAAGAAAAGUGCCGCAUUGUACGCGUACAAGUUCAGGAUGUCGAAGGAAGACCUCAUGAACUGGAAUUAACAACACAUGAGAUUCUGAUCAAACCACUUCGCACUCCCCCACUGCUUCAAGAAGAUACAGAGUUCCUGAAGUCAUUGAACAUUUCAAUUCAGCAUAAAUGGAAGGAAAAGGCAGUGAAGCCACUGAUACUUCUUGGCUGUGAUCAAGUGUGGAAAUUCUGGAAGACAGACGAGCCACCUGUUCCGCUUCCUUCAGGACUUCAACUCCUACCAACGAAAACAGGCAACCUCAUAACAGGGAGGUACCAUCACCCAAGUCAAGUCCUUGAAGUACAGUCUUCCUGCGAAUCUCAAAAAUGGGACAAAUACUGGUCAUUGGUAGCUAUAAAACAGACAAAAGAGAUACAGGAAACGAUGGAACAAGUUUUGAGGGAAGAAUGUCAACGGAUGGAAGAAGAAGAGCCUUCACCUCAAGUACAGCAGCUUCUACAACAGCAUGAAGAGGAAGUCACUUCACUGAAGGCGAGAAUCUCAAUGUUGGAGCAACAGAUGGCCAAAUCGGAACAGAUGUCCAGGACGAGAUCAAAGAAAAGCCUUAUCAGAGACGGCGAAAACCCAGCCCAGAACGUUGGCGAAGCAAGCAAGGACACGAGCAAGCCUUCGAAGGAGCACGAGAAGAGAGCCGAUGUCAAGUUUCUCAAAGAAUACGAAGCAAAGAAGCAAGUGUUGGAAAGGAUGGAAAAUGCUCUCAACUCCUUCCCCUAUCGCCGAUACACGCAAUACUCGGAAGGUGUCGAACCAUGGCGCAGCUGCACCUUCUGCGGUGCGCGAGCAGCGCACUAUUCCGACUCUUGUCCAACAAUUCGAAACGCGUUAGACCGCAGACAAGUUGUUUACACGCUCAAGCUUUGCACGCUUUGCUUGGAAAACUGUGAAGAAGGCCGAUGCAUAAAAGGAAGGAGGGCCUCAAAAUUCGAAGGAACCCCGUUUGAAGAUGUAAUACCUCACGACAAGGGCCACCAUCGAGCAUUAUGCCCCGUCCCGGACGCAAAGUGGAGGAUCGAAGCCAGGGUGCAAGCAGCAGUUCGCGAAUUACAGGAGAUGGAAAGAAAUCGACAUUCGAGGCGGGGAAUGUCGCGGCAUUAA